CAAAGUGUGCAGAGUAGAGGUGUAAGUGCCAGAGUAAUUUCUAUUUAUUUAUUUAUUUAUUUAUUUAUUUAUUUAUUGUGGGUUGGUAAGGUGUUCACGGAAGAGGUGGGUCUUUAGCUGUUGUUUUUUUUUCUUCUUUUUUCUUUUCUUUUUUUUCUUUUUUAUUUUUUUACAUCUUUACACCGAUCAUCCUGUUCAAAAGUUUACACUCCCCAGGCUCUUACUGUAGUGUGUUGCAUGGCGCAUGAGUCAGACUCUUAUUUUGGAGACUCGCUCCUGAAGCAGCGACUCGGAAGAAGGAAAUAAUGAUCAGUGUCUACAAGUAGACUGCAAUCAGUCGGAGGUCGAGUAGAAGGUAAGGCAUUAAAAAGUUGUCCAGAUAACAGAUAAGAAAUGGAUUGUGAAGUAAACGACAAGAUUUCACUUCAGUUGGUUGUAACAGACCGUUGUGUGGAGCAGCUAUAAUGUAACCAUGGCAAUGACGGGUCAGACGUCCUGUUCCUCCAUGAGCAACCACACUAAGGAGCGGGUCACGAUGGCCAAAGUGACCCUGGAGAAUUUCUACAGCAACCUGAUCUCCCAGCAUGAGGAGAGAGAGAUGAGGCAGCAGAAGUUGGAGAAGGUGAUGGAUCAAGAGGGACUAGCUGAUGAAGAGAAGCGUAUUCGGCGUUCUCAGCACGCGAGGAAGGAGACAGAGUUUCUGCGGCUCAAACGAACCCGUCUUGGAUUGGACGACUUCGAGUCACUCAAAGUGAUUGGCCGUGGUGCUUUCGGAGAAGUACGUCUGGUUCAGAAGAAAGACACAGGCCACGUGUAUGCCAUGAAGAUCUUGCGCAAAGCUGAUAUGCUUGAGAAGGAACAGGUUGGCCAUAUACGGGCUGAAAGGGACAUUCUGGUGGAGGCGGACAGUCUGUGGGUCGUGAAGAUGUUCUACAGCUUUCAGGACAAGCUGAACCUCUACCUCAUAAUGGAGUUCCUACCUGGAGGAGACAUGAUGACACUCUUGAUGAAGAAGGACACGCUGACUGAGGAGGCUACGCAGUUUUACAUCGCCGAGACGGUGCUAGCCAUCGACUCCAUCCACCAGCUGGGUUUCAUCCACAGAGAUAUUAAACCUGACAACCUGCUACUGGAUUCAAAGGGCCAUGUGAAGCUAUCAGAUUUUGGCUUGUGUACGGGGCUUAAGAAGGCUCACAGGACAGAAUUCUACAGAAACCUCAACCACAGCCUGCCCAGCGAUUUUACAUUCCAAAACAUGAACUCGAAAAGAAAAGCAGAGACGUGGAAGAGAAACCGGAGACAGCUGGCCUUCUCCACUGUUGGAACCCCUGACUACAUUGCUCCAGAAGUAUUUCUGCAGAACGGAUACAAUAAACUCUGUGAUUGGUGGAGCCUGGGGGUCAUCAUGUACGAGAUGCUUAUAGGUUACCCCCCCUUCUGCUCAGAGACUCCUCAGGAGACGUACAGGAAGGUGAUGAACUGGCGGGAAACGCUGACUUUCCCCCCAGAAGUUCCCAUUUCCGAGAAGGCAAAGGAUCUUAUUCUCAGGUUCUGCUGUGAGAGUGAGAACAGGAUUGGUGCUGCUGGAGUUGAAGAGCUCAAAUCCAAUCCUUUCUUUGAAGGGGUGGACUAUGACCAUAUCAGGGAGAGACCCGCUGCCAUUCCAAUCGAGAUUAAAAGCAUCGACGACACUUCAAACUUCGACGAGUUUCCAGAUUCAGACAUCCUCCAACCAGCAUUGCCUGUAGUGUCCAACCACAGUGAAGCUGAUUUAAAGAGCAAAGACUGGGUCUUCAUUAACUACACGUACAAGCGCUUCGAGGGCCUGACCGCCCGGGGCGCCAUUCCUUCCUACAUGAAAUCAGGGAAGAGAUAAGCACAGAACCGUCACGGAGCUUGUGUUUGUCUUUUAAGGAGCCCUUUCCCAUUGCUUCUCAUCGCUGCGGAUCGGUUGACAUCACCAGACUUGUCCGUUUCCUGUUAUGGGCCACGCUGUGAUGCAUUCACGGUAGUGGAUUACUCUUCUUCCAGCACUUGUAUUACGAUUUCUUUUUUACAUUUUUUUACACCAAAGCUUCUUUAGUAGAAGCUGCUAUUUCUAGUCGUCCAUUUUGGUUAGGAGUGUAAAAUUUGAGGCCUUUUCAAAUUCUGUUUUAUCCCCAUAACAGAGAAACGUUUCUUCUGGCUUGAUUGAUCAUUUUAUUUUAAAAAACUAGAAUGUGGCCAGUCCACUUUCAACAAGGGACUGCUUUUAGUUAGAGUAAUUUACCAUCGAAGAAUUCUGCUCAGCUGCGACCUAAAUGUCAUCUGCUGUAGAAAUCUUGAAUCUUAAACAAAAAAAUUAGAAAUGCAAGAAUUUGUCCAAGAAUUUGGAUGCAUUUGAUUUUUUAUUAUUAUUAUUCUUUUUUAAUAUGAUGUUUUACAGUGCUUGCCAUCACAUACUUCACCUUACUGGCAAUGGCAAAAUGCAAAAGGGGCUUCUCUUAUUGUUUAUGCAAACAGUUUUCAGUGCUCGAAAGCCUAAUAUAAUGUUUGUGAACCUGCCUCCAGGGACAAACAUUGCCUUAAAUUUGGAUACUAGAUGAAUGUUCCAGUAAUCACUUGUUACACCAGCAAAUCGUCCCUCUUCCAGACCUUCACACUGAAGCAAACGUUGUUGUUGUUUUGUUUUUUUUUGUUUUUUUCCCCCCCCUCAGUUUACUUUCUUUACUGUAUACCAGCCAAUGAUAAUGACCAAGUGAUCUUUUGUAGACCAGCUUAUUUUAUUGUAUCGUAAUUCUCUUGCAGUUCGCUGGAUUGUUUGCGCUCACACUAAAUUGGAAUCCCUUUUCUUUCAAAGGGCUCGCUGUUCAUGUUUACCUUGUUCGGUUGUGGAACAAAGCACGAGUCGGAUGAGCGUUGUGAGAUUCAGUGUGCUGAAUCUGCAUAUUUGAUUAUAUACUCCGCAGUCUUCCAUGUUGAUACUGGGCUGAAAAAAAAGCAUGUUAAUAGCAAAGCAAUAUUUUACCAAAGACUUGUUACUUUUAGCAGCUGAUGCACCCUUGGUAUGCCUUCGAGAAGCUUGAUUUAUACUCGAAAAUUUGAGUUUUCUACCUUGUAGAAAAGUGUGGGGGGGUAGACUAGUAAAAUGUAUUUAUCUGGUGCAGUAGUUGUCUAUUGUCAUCAUUCCAGAAUGACUAGGAGUAGUUGCACUAUUGUAUCGAGAACUCACGCAUCAUGAAAUGAGGGCCGUUUGAGGGAGUCUGCAGACGUCGACACGUGACUCGGAUAGGUCUCGCUCGGCUGGAUUUCAGUAGGUUCCUUCAUCAGCAUCAUGUUAAAACGGAAUCCUGUUCUCCAGAAGCUGAGCUUUAUGCAUUAUUACACUGUCCUGCUGUUGUAGGUUGUAGACUAAUAAAAUCUAGAUUUAGCUUGGAUUUGAAGACGAGAUCUUCUUCGAGCUAAUUGUACUUUCGAUCAGAACGCCUAGCACUUCUGCUGAACUGUGAUUAUUGAUUAGUUGUGUCCGACCAGAGCAGGACGCAGUAAGAAAGUAAGUUUCUUAUUUUGCAAUACACAAUGCUGUCAGUUAAGUCAAUAACUAUCCGCAUGGCCUCACGAAAUCCAAAAAUGCUGUUGAUUUGUGAUGAAAAGAAAAAGCACGAUUGUGGGAUUUUCUAAAAUGCUGUAGUUUUUAUAUAUAU